AUGGGUAAAUCGUUAUCAGACCAGAUAGCUGAGAUUGCCAACAAACCUGUGGUCGAAGAUUUCGAUAUUGAGGACAGUGAGCGUAAUGUCUUUGAGCACAAAGAGGGCAACGACCACUCAAGUGAAGAAUCGGAAGAUGACGAGGCAACUAAAUCGCACUAUGUGAAAGUGGGAAAGUCCAAACUAAGGGAUGAAGGGAUUGCACUUAGAGACCAAAAAUACCAAGGGUCCAAAGGGUCAAGGGAAUCUAUUUUUGAGGAUGCCGAAGAGGCCGAGGAGGCCAGCAGCGGCGAAGUAGAGGGAGAAGAAAGUGAGGUAUCCAAUGCAGAGAAUAGCGAGAGCGAUUCGGAAAGUGCGAUGUCGUUCAGAACAGACUCUGAAGAUCAGGAUGCUUCUGCAAGUGAGGACAGUGAAAACGAAGAACUCGAGGCUGAAGAAGAAGAAGAGGAAGAGGAGGACACAGAAGCCAAAAGGAAACGUAUGAUAGAACUGGUUCGUCGUGAGGCCAAAUCGGCUGUGCAAAGACUGUCUGAAGCAACUCAAAAGGAUGCGGCUAAGGGUUUCGCUAUCUUAGAACAGUCGCGUGCAUUCGAUCUCAUGAUAGAUACGAGAAUCAAAAUCCAAAAGGCCGUCAGUGCAACUAAUCAGCUGCCAUUAUCUACUGAAUCAUGGGAUGCAUCUCUUAAAGAAUCAUCAAAAAACGAGAAGCUGCUACAGAAGACGAGAAAGCUGCUCACUAAGAUAAUGGGCCAACUCGUCGAUUUCAGACGGGAAUUUCAGUUUGGAGACAAUAUUAUCCAAGGCGGCGAACCUGACCACGAUUCCAAGAAAAAGAGGACAUUCGCAGAACUAUGUGAUGAAACUGAUUAUUUGGAUGAAACUUUGAGAGACUACAGAUCAGUUGUUUUGAAUAAGUGGUCUAAAAAAAUCUCUUCAUCUUCUGGUAAGGCAGUACUUUCUUCUUCGAAUUUCAAAGCCAUCAACCAACCAGCUGAUGUCCAAGUCGAGAACCAGCUGGCUGACGUUCCAAGAUUGCUCAAGCGCACAACACUGAAUAGAAGAAAUGUCGUGCCGUUACACUUUGAAGAUGACCUGGAAAAAGGAAAUCUUGAGCAAUUGGGCGAUUCUCACAACGAUGAAGGAAAUGGUUCCGACGAGGAAAAUCCCGACGUUCCCAAGAAUUAUGAUCCAAGGAGAAAAGAUAAUAGAAACAUCGACAUAUCAGAAAAUCCCUAUAUAUUCGACGAUGAGGAUUUUUAUAGGGUACUUUUGAAUGAUUUGGUUGACAAGAAAAUAUCCGGAUCUCAAAAUGAAGCAUCUGGUGUAACAAUUGCUCUCACAUCUCGCUCAAAUAACAAGCUUAAGAAGAAUGUUGAUACCAAAGCUUCUAAGGGAAGAAAGCUGAAGUAUACGAUCCAAGAGCCUAUUGCUAACUACGAAGCACCUGCGAAUGGUGGAUUCAAGUGGUCUGAUGAACAAAUAGAUGAAUUCUUUGCUGGUCUGCUCGGUCAACGUAUUAGUUUUGAUGAAGCUGAAGCAAUCGAAGAUGAGCAAGAUGAUGCUGAAAUUGAGGCAAUCAAGAAUGACGACAUCCAGAUAUUUGGUUGA